AUGACACAGAUAGCAGUUUAUCAAAGCAAAGCUGCUGAAGACAAUGUUAGGUUACCACUCCAUAAUGCCAAAUUAAUCAAUUUCCAUGCAUACAGCUUGCCUCAAGGAGUAUUCUACCCCAUUCUUCUCCAGUACUUUCACUCUCUAAGGCCUGACCUGAACCUUGUUGGCGAUUUAUCAUGUGAUAAUGGCACCCCCUUCUAUGCGAACAAGGUAGCUCGUGCACUCACAUACAUUCGCAAGGAUGGAAUUCAUUAUGGCUGCACCAUGAAUCGACGCACACAAGCCAACUCAUUUGCAUUCAUAUCUCAAGGUAGAACUCGUGUCCCUGUGCAGAUCAUGGCACUAUUCAUGGUUGGUGUUCUCGAUGUCGUUCCUCAUGUUUGUGCGGUGGUGCGGAGAUUAGUUUCCGAUGAUAACAUUCCCACAAUGCCGUGGGACCUCAAUGCAUCUACACUCAGUAUUCAUGUCUCCUAUGCUGAACUGGGCCCUCAGGAAGUGAUUCCGGUCUCAUGGAUCAAGUGCCCACUAGCACUGAUUCCAGUGUACUCGAACAUUAUCAAAAAGGAUCUAUGGAUUACCAUCUUGUUUGACCAUGCAGGGAAUGAACCUGAAGACUAUUUAGAAGACGAAGAUGGGGAGUAG